GGCGUAGAGUUUCUCUAAUUGAACUUCGCCCAAUCAACAACAACUCGUUAGCGGUCGCUUGAUCUCUCCUGUUUUCUGCGCUUCGGCUUGUUUUUUGUGCGUGUCGCGACUUGGGCCCCGUGUUAUUUUCACUUCCCGAACAAAUUCAUGGGGCUCUUCGGGAAAAGUGGGCUUGAUCCAAGCGGACUGGCGCUCGGGUGCGUGUGAGAGCGCAGCGCAGCGCAGCGCAGCGCACUCCUGUGAAGCAAUGGUGCUUUCCGACAAACACCUCACACCGAAGACUGCCAGCGGUUCCGUUUAAAAAGGCAACGAUACGAACCUGGAAGAAAGCGUGGGUUGGUUUGUUUGUUUUUUAUGCAGAAAGAAGCUGUUGCUCGAGAUCAAACAACUUUUGAACACUUUCUCACAGGACUGUCAUGACCUCCAGUAAAGACAUGAAGGCAGGCGCGGUGUUGCAAUCGGGCAGCGAGGAGAGGAGACGGGGUCCUUUAGAUCAGCUGCCACCCCCCGCUAACUCCAACAAGCCUCUAACUCCGUUCAGCAUUGAGGAUAUCUUAAACAAGCCGUCCGUGAAGAAGUCGGUGACGAGUCUGUAUCCGCCGCGCGUGCUCGAGAAGGUAGCGGGAUCGAGCGCAGUGCGGAACGGCCUCAGCACCCCGUCUUCUCCCCUGUGCGCUCUGGAGGAGCUGGCAAGCAAAACUUUUAAAGGGCUUGAAGUCAGCGUUAUACAAGCGGCAGAAGGUAGGGAACACCUGAACGCGUUCGGGCAGCGGCAGGUGUCGAAAAAGCGGCGGAAGUCGCGCACGGCCUUCACCAACCACCAGAUCUACGAGUUAGAGAAGCGCUUCCUGUACCAGAAGUACCUCUCACCGGCUGACCGCGAUCAGAUCGCGCAACAGCUUGGCCUCACCAAUGCACAGGUCAUCACCUGGUUUCAGAACCGACGAGCUAAGCUCAAGAGAGACCUGGAGGAAAUGAAAGCGGAUGUCGAGUCUCUGAAGAAGAUCCCUCCACAGGCGCUGCAGAAACUCGUGUCUAUGGAGGACAUGGACGAUGCGCAAGGCGGUGGUUCGGCCCCGAUCUCACCAAGCGCGUCACCGACGGCACAUGGCCUCCGAGUCUUCCCUCAGUCGCCGUCUUCAUCCCGAGGCCAAACCACAGACGAGUUCUCCGAAGAGGACGAAGAGAUCGAGGUGGACGAUUGAGACUUUGGCGCAGUAGGUUUUUCCGCACCAGGCGUCUCUUUUCUGCGCUGAUCAAUUUGAAAAUGUCCUCACUGCAGCAGCAGAACAGCCGUUUUUAUCCACACAACUUUUGCACGAAUGUUGAACUUUGCGGAAGAACUUUAAUAUUGAAAGGAUUUUUUUUAUUUCCCGUCCUUUCUCUCUGUCUCUCUGUCAUGUUCUAAUUUAUUACAAGGAUCGUAAAAGCCUCCACUUCACGACGAGCUGAGAAGGAGUACAUUUUCAUUUUGAGAACUGAUUAGUGACUGUGGUACAAGAUCAGGAAUGCAACAUGUGUAUGUACUUUUCAAGGUCUCAUUUUAUGCCACAUGAUAUGAGGGGAAACUUGUGCAAUUGUUUCGAUACGCAGUUCGUCAGUCGCAUCACACCAACUACAUUACAUUACUGUUAUAGCUGCUAAUGAUACGCAUCUGCCAAAUGUGAUUUUUUUUUUUCCCUCCCAACGGAUUUCUCAAAUAUAUAGUCAUAUUUAUAUUUAUACAAUGGCAAAGAAAGAGGUCAGUUGGGUCAUCGGAUUAAUAUUCUGGAAAUGAAUAUUCUAGAAAUGUUCCCAGUUGCAUUUGCUGUCAGAUCUUUUGUAAUUCUGGUCCUUAAGGCUGGAAGAAAAGCCACUCUUAAUAAAUAAUAGCCAAAUUAUCCAAAUAACAGGGGGUGAAGUUGUGUGUAUAAAGCAACUUAUGAUGCAUUUACGCGAU